GCGAAAUGCAUUAAAUAAUGCCAACAUUUAAGGAUACAAUAUUCCGUGAUCGGUAUUUUGUUGUGCUGAGAUCGCGGCUAGUGGUAACGGAGAAUCGUUAUCGGUAAAUUAAUCUAUCAUCAAUCAGCUGUGUUGAGUGACGUCCAAAGAUUGCCUCUAUGAUUUCGCCGGAUCUAGGGGUGGCGUCCAUGGCUAUCGCGCUGGCACCGGGAUUUGCUAUCAGUGUUUUCAUAUCCAUAUUUUACGACCUUUCGUUGUUUUCGAAGCCCAGAGCCACGGAUAAUGUUACAGCUCCCCCAACUCGCGCCCGAAUACCUGGGAUAGGCCAUUAUACGAGAUAUUUGGGGCAUCACCGCGUCGACAUAGGCCGAUACAUACCAAUAUCGACCAGUAGAACUGUACAUUUUCCUACAGACUUAGAAAAGAAAGCACCAGUGUCGACUCCGAUGACCAGGCAGACUCCGUAG